UCUUUUUGUCAGUUUACUUUUGUCUUUCAGUGAGAAAACAUGCAUUUUUCUCUCCUUUUGUGUCUUAUUUCCUUAUCAACUCUUUCCAAAGGGCAACAUGUAGUUGAUCACAAUUGUCCAUCUCGUCCCGUUUUAACUAAUUUCGAUUUGAAAGAAUAUUUGGGACGAUGGUAUGAGAUUUCUCGCUAUGAGCAAUUCUUCGAAGUCGGGUGUGAUUGUGGAUUUGCGGAUUACACGUUGAAUGAAGAUGGUACGGUUAAAGUAAGGAAUUGCUGUAAGAGAUUGCCAAAUACGACUUUGUCGUGUUCCAUUGGGAAGGCAGCUGUGAGUUAUCCGGAUGAAAAGCCUUUGCCAGCGAAAUUGAGUGUUGCUUUUAGAGGAAAAGAACCAACUGAAUCGAAUUACUGGAUAUUAGACACAGAUUACGAAAACUUCUCCAUCGUUUACUUUUGCAAACCUUUACCUGAAAAUCCUGAAAAGUCAGCAGAAGCUUUUUGGUUGUUGUCAAAGUCGAAAGUUUUAGAUGAAGAAACUCGUCAAAAAGCUGACACUUACAUUGAAAAAUAUUUCGACAAAAAUGCUAUUCGCGUUGCAAAACAAAGUCGUGAUCAAUGCGGAGGCGACAACCAAGAUUAAUGUUUUUCUAUCAAUUGGGUGCAUCUAAAAAUUAAAAAUAAAUAUUUUUAAUAAUUUUUUUUUUUGUUAAAAAGCUUCAGUAACUUACUUUUCUCCUUGAAUAGUCUUUCGGAUAACAUCACGGUUGAAAUGUGUAUCAAUCAAAGAUUCGACUUUGGCUGGGCGAGGACUCAAAACUGGUUUACGAGAUAA